AUGCGGAUUCCAAUCGCCGUGCAGCUUGCGCUGCUCGUCCUGUUGACCACCUUGACCGGGAUCGCCAUCCUUGCAAUCACCACAUGGUUUACUACAUAUGACUUUGUCGUCGAUGUCGGCUCCCAGGGUCUCGAGCUGGUCGCAUCGAUCAAGGCCAGUCAGAUUGCAUCCACUCUGGAAGUGCUAGAAGUUACCUGCAAGACCAUCUCGACUCGCAUCUUGAUUCAAGCUGCCCUGAAACGGAAUAUCAAUGGCAACACCAGCAGCAGCAACUGGUCCAAUUCACUAUUGGAUUUCCAAUCCGCCUUGGGCAGCCGUGGCUAUCUCAGCCUAUACCAGGUGAUGCUUUAUUCGCGCGAUGGCCAACAAGGCAGUUCUCGACUACUGAAUGUCACCAGCGACACGCUUCCCGAUAUCACGCUUCCGUGGGCCGACGAAAAUGGCAGCGCGGUCAAGCUGAGCAGUACCGUCUUUCCUCCGUCGCUCUAUCCAAACAUCACCUAUUCUGAAACCCAGAAUGAAAACGGCGUCUCCUCCAUCACAGCGUACGCCUUCCCUGACUCACCGCUGGGCUUGCAUACGGCUUUGCUGUUGGGUCCUCUGUGGGUCAAUGACUCGUUCUCGUUGGUGUCAUUGACGCUCCCGAUUGUCAACAACACAUCCGAUACUGAGCUCCUCGGGUUUAUGACGGUUUUGGCCAGCGCUGCCAACAUUCAAGACGUGGUCUCGUCUCGCGAUGGCCUCGGUGAGACGGGUCAAGUGCUGCUGAUAGGUCCAUCACGGCCACAGAACAGAUUUGUCAAAGAUGCGCAGCCUGCCACGGCCAGCACGACCCCUGAUUCCGCAGCUCUGGCCGACGCGCAGGUUCACUACGUCUUUGAGCCCACGCCACUUCCCGGCCAGGCCAGCCGGCACAGUAAAAUGAACACCAGCACGCCUUUUAGUCUUUCCAUGUACAAAACUGCCCUGGAGAUUAUGAACCGACCAUAUUCCCAAGAGAACAAGACCCUGAGUGAGCUGUCAACGACCAACGAAGAAGGAAACUCGGUGGCAGUUGGUGUCAUUCGUCCCCAAACCAGCUUAGCGCAGUGGAUUCUGGUGGUAGAGGAGACUCAUUCGGAAGCCUUCAGCCCAGUCUACCGCUUGAGGAAGAUUAUCUUGGCAUGCUUCUUUGGUACCGCUGGGGCCAUUCUUCUAUUAGUUCCUAUCCUUGCCCACUUUGCCGUGACUCCGAUUCGAAGACUUCGAGAGGCCGCACGGAGAUCCGUCAUUCCGCAGAUGCCCAGCCCGCCAUCUUCGCGACAAGCACCACACCGUCUCCACUCGACAGAAAGUGAUCCUGAAGGCCUGGAAGAGAAAUUUGAUGAGAAGAGCGGGCCUGCCGCUUGGAUCCAUGCGAUGCGCCGAUCAGGCAAGCAGCGAAUCAGCAGUACCAACGAUGUGGUGGAGGACACUUCUCGUCGGCCCUUCCAGAUCCCCGCCCGUGUCAAGGAGCGGCGCCACUGCGUGAGGGACGAGCUUACGGAAUUGACUAGUACAUUCAACGAGAUGUCGGACGAACUGACCAUCCAAUACAACCGGCUGGAGGAGCGUGUGGCCGAGCGCACCCGUGAAUUAGAGAAGGCCAAGCUGGCUGCUGAGACCGCCAACGAAAGCAAGACACUCUUCAUCGCAAACAUUUCGCACGAGUUGAAGACGCCGCUGAACGGCAUCCUCGGCAUGUGCGCAGUUUGUAUGGGAGAUGACAAUCUCGCGCGCGUGAAAAAGUCCCUUCAAGUGGUGUACCAGUCCGGUGACCUGCUCUUGCAUCUGUUGAACGACUUGUUGACAUUCAGCAAGAACCAAAUCGAGCAGGCGAUUCAAUUGGAAGAGAAGGAAUUCCGUGUCUCCGAUAUCCGUGCCCAGUUGACCACCAUUUUCCAAAACCAAGUCCACGAGAAGAAAAUCAACUUCAGUGUGGACUGCUUUGCGGGGAAUGAAGUGCAGACGGGUCCGCUGAGUCAACUGUCCGGGAACCAAGACCAUGCGCGACCCCGGUCAAGCACAGACACCGCGAACGGGACCAAACUCAUGGAUAUGGUGCUCUGGGGAGACCAGCAUCGCAUUCUCCAAGUGCUGAUCAACUUGGUGAGCAACAGUUUGAAAUUCACGCCCGAACGAGGAACCGUCGAAGUUCGAAUUCGCUGUCUGGGCGAAUUCCAUGGUCCGUUGGAGGAUAUCGAUUUCCCCACGGGAUCCCGCUCUGGCAACGCUCAGAUGCUCGUUGACACGACCCCCAUUCGGAAGACCGUGACGGACCGAUUGCAACCAGUCGAGAGAUCAAGUGAAGACCAGAUAUCAUUGAUUGCCCGGCUUCCCCAAUUGGUUUUCCAAUUCGAAGUUGAGGACAAUGGGCCUGGCAUUCCUGCGCAUCUCCAGCGGCGUGUAUUCGAUCCCUUUGUGCAGGGUGAUCUUGGAUUGAAUCGAAAAUACGGUGGUACAGGUCUGGGGCUGAGUAUCUGUGCUCAAUUGUCCCGAAUCAUGGGUGGAUUGAUUCUCUUGGACAGUCAGGAAGGACAAGGGUCGAUGUUCACUCUUCGCAUUCCUCUGCGAUUUGUCAAGGAAGCGGCUCCCAGCACACUGGCCCCCAGUACGCCCGGUUCCAGAACACCCAGUGUGCUCUCGCUGGAGGAAUUCUCCAAUGCGGCUCGCACGCCCUCCAAUCACUCCGUGCGAAAUGAGACCGUUGCACCCGGGUUUGAAAAAUCGGAAGUCCAGCCACGCUUGGUUGGUCUGAGCCAGCCAUUCUUCACCCCGACGGUUCCCUCCAACGCGUCUGCUCCACCCCCUAAAGCCAACGGUGAUACGGCCGCUCAGGCAGAUGGUACGAAAAAGAUCCGCGUGCUGGUGGCCGAGGAUAACACUGUGAAUCAAGAAGUCGUGCGACGAAUGUUGGCCCUCGAGGAGGUGUACGAUGUGACCAUGGUAAAAGAUGGACAGGAAGCUUUCGACACAGUCAAGGCGAACAUGGAGAAAGGCACCGUGUUUGAUCUGAUCUUCAUGGAUAUCCAGGUAAGCCAGGGCCCCUCCGCCGGACGAGUCACGACCGCCGCUUACCAAUUACAGAUGCCCAACCUGGACGGACUCCAAAGCACCCGACUGAUCCGCGAGAUUGGUUAUUCUGCACCCAUCGUGGCUCUCAGUGCAUUCGCUGAAGAGAGCAACAUCAAAGACUGCAUGGACAGUGGCAUGGACAUGUUCAUGAGCAAACCGCUCCGUCGGCCUGUACUGAAGCAGGUGCUCCACAAAUUCGCCACGAUUCCUGAAGAAACGGAAUCCAACGCAUCUUGA